UUCUUUCAUCCAGCUGAUUUUUAGGUUAUAGAAAUAAAUAAAAUUUGUAAUUUUUGCUGUUUAGUUCAAGUAGAAGUAAUUAAAUUAAUGAGCAUACGUUUCAUUUCAAUAUAAGAUGGCACAGUGCGUACUGUCCAAAUUGGGCAGCCUACGAUUAGUCCCUGCCGCGAUCCUGAUGCAAUCGUCACGCACGACGACAAGCAAGCACUGGAACCCUAAAUUCAAGAAGCUCCGCCGCGAGAAAUACCUGAAGGUGGAACUGCCGGAUUAUAAUGAGGAUACGAACGCGCUUCCCAAGGAGAAGCUGAGGCAAAAGAUGAAGGAGCGCGGACUCAUGCCGCCGCGCCCGUGGAUCGAGCGCCCGUUUUACAUCUCAGCUACAGGCGGUGCCUUCGAGCCCUACGUGCCCCCAGAAGGCGACGGCAAGGCGUCCCUCGCGUCCACAACCCGCGUCAAACAGGCCGCCGAACUCCUUGAGAAAAAAUCCAAAUCCAUGAUGGCCAUCCGCAAAAUAAAGUCCUUUGAAGAAGAUUUCGAGUCCAAAAUCUUCUGCCAACAAGCACAAGACAUUUAUAUAAAAGCCCAUGAAGCUUUAGCUAAUAAUGAUAAAAGGGCGUUGCAGAUAUAUGUUACGGAGAAGGCGUAUGGGGAGUUCAGACAUAAUUCACACUUGAAGACGAUACGGUGGAAGUUUCUUCAGUCGCUGGAGCCACCGAGAGUGUGCCAUGCAAGGUGUACGGAUGUUGUUAGCAAGGAGAAUAUAUUUGGACAGGUUACAGUCCGCUUCCACACCCAGCAACAGCUCGCCGUGUACGACCGGUUCGGUCGUCUGUUACACGGCAGCGAGAUCCUCGCCAAGGACGUGCUCGAGUACAUCGUGUUCGAGAAGCAUCUCUCCAACAUGUACGGGACGUGGAGGAUUCACCACAAGAUUAUACCAGAUUGGACGCCGCCUAAAGAACCUUCGAAACUUACUAGGGUGUUGGAGGAAGAAAUUGUGUCGUUGCCAGCGGAAACCAAUGAAAGCGAGACGGCGGUUGUAGCUAAUAAGUGAUUUAUAUU